AUGUCAAAUCGAGUUGAAAUACGUUUCUCGUCCGAAGAUUCGUUCCGAUCCGACCUCGUCGAUGUCCUUGCCCUCUAUAAGGCUGUUGACAAGGCUGGCGUGAACCGCGUUGGUAUUGCUGAUACUGUGGGAGGAGCUACCCCGCGAAUGGUCCAUGAUCUCGUCCGAACGCUCCGAGGCAAGCAUGUCACCUCUUUCUCUCACACACGCCGCUUCACUAACACAUCUAUAGAGACACAUUUCCACGACGAUACUGGCUGCACAGUUGCGAACGCUGUCACCGCCCUUGAAGGAGGAGCGACGCACGUUGAUACAUCAGUUCUUGGUAUUGGUGAACGAAACGGUAUCACUCCACUAGGUGCACUGAUGGCUCGCAUGGUCGUGACUACACCAGAGUACACCAAGACUCACUAUAAGCUUCCCAAGCUCAAGGAAAUCGAGGAGUAUGUUGCGAGUGUCGUCCAAGUCAACAUCCCUUUCAACAAUCCCAUUACUGGCUUCUGUGCUUUCACGCAUAAAGCUGGUAUUCACGCCAAGGCUAUUCUGGCGAACCCCUCUACUUAUGAGAUUAUUGACACUGUGCUGUUCGGACGUACGAUUCCCCCCCUCUCCUAUUAA